AUGGAACUUGUUCGAAACACCAACUUGUCUGCCCUUCUUGUCUUGCUAUCUUGCUUUUGUUUACAGUUUGGCUCUGCAACAGACACCAUCACAGCAGCUAAAUUCAUCAACGACUCUGAAACCAUCAUCUCCAAUGGGGGUGACUUCAAACUGGGAUUUUUCAGCCCUCCAAAUUCUACCGAUCGGUAUGUUGGGAUAUGGUAUGCUGAAAUUUCUGUGUUCACUGUCGUAUGGGUUGCUAACAGAAACAAUCCCCUCAAGAAUUCCUCUGGAAUUCUUACCAUUUCCGAAGUUGGGAAUCUGGUAGUGUUAGAUGGGCAAAAGAAGGUUAUCUGGUCAUCAAAUUUAACAAAUUCUGUUGACAAUUCGAGUGCUCAGCUUUUAGAUUCUGGAAACCUUGUCUUGCAAGGAAACACUACAGGGGCAUUCUUAUGGGAGAGUUUCCAACAUCCUUCUAAUACAUUCAUCGAAAAAAUGAAAAUUAGUACAAAUGUUAGAACGGGUAAGAAAGUGCUGCUGACAUCAUGGAAAAGCCCUUCCGAACCAUCCAUUGGAAACUUCUCUGCGGGUAUUGAUGUUCGUUAUCUUCCUGAAUUUUUUAUUUGGAAUGGCAGUAGACUCAUUUGGCGGAGUGGUCCAUGGAACGGCCAAGUCUUUAUCGGAGUACAGAAAAUGUAUUCCGCAUAUCGAGAUGGAUUUAGUCUUGUAGAUGAUAAAGAAGGAACAUUCUAUUUAACUUUUACCUUCUCGAACGAGUCUUUCCCAACAAAUUAUGUCUUGAAUGAGCAAGGAAAACUACUUCAAGCAUCAUCCUUCAAUGAGGAGGAUUGGGAGGUCACGUGGUCAACUUUUAAGACUGAGUGCGAUGUUUAUGCCAAUUGUGGGGCAUUUGGAAGCUGUAAUUCACAGAAUACACCAAUUUGCAGCUGUUUACGGGGGUUUGAGCCAAAGAACAGAGAAGAAUGGAAUAGAGGAAAUUGGACUAGUGGAUGUGUGAGGAGGACACCGUUGCAGUGUGAGAGGGUGAACCAUGGAAGUGAAGGGGGCAAAAAAGAUGGAUUUUUGAAACUGACGAAGAUGAAAUUACCAGACUUGGCAGAUUGGUCAUCUGCUCGUGAAGAAAAAUGUAGAAAUCAAUGCUUGGAGAAUUGUUCUUGUGUAGCUUACGCAUUUGAUGCUGGCAUUGGCUGUAUGCCAUGGACAAGAAGCUUAAUUGACCUACAGAAAUUCUCGAGUGGCGGAAUUGAUCUUUAUGUUCGUUUGGCCUAUUCAGAACUUGAUAAAGAGGGAAAUGUGAAAUUAAUUGUAACAGUCACAGUGAUCAUAGGAGUAAUAUUCACUGGCAUUUGCAUUUACUUAUUGUGGCGUUGGAUGGCUAAACAAAAAGGUAAUAUGCACCUUCCUCUUUCUCAGCGGACUAAGAUUUAUAAUCACCGUGAAGAGGAGGAGAUGUUAUUGUUGAACAAGAGUGAAGACAACCAUGGAGAGAACGUGAACCAAGCUAAACUCGAAGAGCUGCCAAUAUUCAAUCUUCAGGAGUUGGCAAGUUCAACAAACAGCUUCCAUCGAUCAAAUAAGCUCGGGCAGGGUGGAUUUGGUCCUGUAUACAGGGGAAAACUAUCAGACGGACAAGAAAUUGCAGUAAAAAGACUUUCAAAAGCUUCUGGACAAGGGUUAGAAGAAUUUAUGAAUGAGGUGGUGGUGAUAUCUAAACUCCAACAUCGGAAUCUUGUUAGACUCCUUGGCUGCUGUAUUGAAGGGGAAGAAAAGAUGUUGGUUUAUGAAUACAUGCCAAACAAAAGUUUGGACGCAUUUCUCUUUGAUCCAAUCAAACCAAAACUACUAGAUUGGAGAAGACGCUUCAAAAUUAUCGAGGGAAUUAGUCGAGGUCUGCUAUACCUUCAUAGGGAUUCUAGAUUAAGGAUUAUUCAUAGAGAUUUAAAAGCAAGUAAUAUCUUGUUGGAUGAAGAGCUAAAUCCAAAAAUAUCAGAUUUUGGUAUGGCUAGGAUUUUUGGGGGCAAUGAAGAUCAGGCCAAUACUACAAGGGUCGUUGGAACAUAUGGGUACAUGUCCCCUGAGUAUGCAAUGAAAGGGCAAUUUUCAGAGAAAUCGGAUGUCUUCAGCUUUGGAGUGUUGCUACUCGAGAUAAUUAGUGGAAGAAGAAAUUCUAGCUUUUAUGAUGAUGAGCAGGCAUGGAAAAUGUGGAAUGUAGACAACAUGGUGGCAUUAACUGACUUAAUAAUACGUGAACCGUGCUUUGAGAUGGAAAUUUUGAGAUGCAUACAUGUCGGGCUGUUGUGUGUGCAAGAUUUUGCUAAUGAUAGGCCAACUGUAUCCAUUGUUAUUUCCAUGCUUAAAAGUGAGAUCAUUGAUCUACCUCUUCCAAAGCAACCUGCAUUCACCGAAAGGCAGAUUGCCCCAGAUGCUAGCUCCUCACAAAACAACCUAAGGAAAUGCUCUAUUAACAAUGUUACUGUUACAAUGGUUCAAGGCCGAUAACUAGCAUCUGUUCUCUGAAAAAACCACUUGGUGGUUAUAGGUGUUGAAAGAUUUCAGGGUUAUAUGAUGAG